UAUAAAACUAAACCCAAUUAAUCUUCCUUUCCAUCCAUGUCCUCUCCCUCUCCCUCUUCUCCUCACUCCCCUCUCUCUCCCCGCAGUGGUUGAGUGAGGCUGCCAACAGCGUGCAAGCAAACUCCUGCGAACGCAGCGUCCGACGGCGGGCGUCGGAGGAAGCGGGUUGGGCUAGCGCUGUAGGAGGAGGAGGAGGAGGAGGAGCGUAGUAUGCCUGGACGGGGUGCCAUAAGCUACUUUUCUGUUUUGUACCAGUGACGAUGUUGUUCUCUGUGGCCCUGGCAACUCGAUGAACAGUUUCCAGUGGUAGCAAGGGGAUGGAGCUGGCGGAUUCUUUUCCAGGAUGUAUGGGAAGGAUGAUGAGCUUAUUUGACUUGAGUGCCGGCAUGGCCAAAACCAAACUGCUCACUGAGAGACCACAUAGUGAUGUUGUUAGGAAUUGUUCUGAUGUGGUAAAGAAGCCAACAUAUCCUGCAGUAGCCAAGACAGAGGGCAAACAAAUGGUAAACGAACAAAGGAGCAGUUCCCCGAACAAGAAAUCAGGUCGAACACCGAUUAAGUCGCUUAUUUCACAAGAGAUGUGGGAUGAUACAGAGUCUAUACAGAACCCACCAAGUGUUGUUGCGAGACUAAUGGGGCUUGAUUCCUUACCAGUGCAGCAAUCAGUCAAAACCGAUAUAAAAAACAGUGACAAUAGUUUAACAGGAGAACUUCGACAUUAUCGACAGCAGGAAGGUGACUAUCUUGAUGAAUCAAGUGCAUGUGAGGGUCAAUUUUUCACCCAUGAAAAUAAAGAUUAUAGGGAUGUAUAUGAAGUGCAGCAACAACCAUCAGAGAAUGUCAGGGUUAAAGAUCAAUCUCCACCAAAGGUCAGAUAUGAAGAGAAAUCAUAUCAAAUGAGAAUGGCCCUUGUUCGGCAAAAGUUUACUGAAGCAAAACGCCUGGCUACUGAUGAAAAGCUUCUUGAUUCAAAGGAGUUCCAAGAUGCAGUUGAGGUUCUGAAUUCAAACAGAGAUUUAUUUAUUAAAUUUCUGGAAGAACCAAACUCGUUCUUCACAAAUCAUCUCUUUGAGCUCCAGAGCGUCCCUCUACGUCCUGCGAAAACGUGUAUAACUGUGCUAAAACCUUCGAGUACCAUGGAGACAAAAGGUGACAAAAUCAUCAGAAGACAACCGUUUAUAGAUUCUGCUGAACAUGUAUACAAAGCUGAUAAGCAUUAUUGGAGCUCUGGUUUCUCUAAGCCAAGAAUUCAGAGUAUAUCUCAAGCAACGAGAAUAGUUGUUUUAAAGCCUAGCCCUGGGAAACCUGACACCAUAACGACCACACUCCCAAACAAUUUGCCAAUGUUGCUGGGCAGGCGAGUUUCUAAUGGAACUCUGACAACUGAUGAACUGGUAGGUUCAAGAGAAGUAGCCAAGGAAAUCACUCGUCAGCUGCAAGAGAGCCUGAGCAGCAACAACGAUGAAGCCUUGUUAUCCUCAGUACUAUUAAAUGGAUAUAUUGGGGAUGAAAGCUCGCUCAAUAGGUCAGGACGUGAGUGUAUGGAAAAUGACGAUGGCAGUACAAGUGACUCUGAGAUUGCAACUACAGCAACGGAGUAUUCUUGGGCUUAUGCCAACAUAAUCGGUAGUCCUUUCUCAGCCUCAUCCUUGACUCGAGUGUCCCAUUCUCCUGAAUCAUCAGUUAUUAAAGAAGCUAAGAAACGACUUUCAGAGAGAUGGGCAUUAGUAGCAUCAAACGAAAAUGGUCAAGAGCAAAUCCAAUUGCAGAGGACUUCAAGCACCUUAGGUGAGAUGCUUGCCAUUCCCGAAUUAAAGAAAGAAGAAGGAACCAAAGAGGAGCUUAUUCAUUCUGAUGGCAAGUCAUGCAAUGGAGGCCCAGUGCUCUCAUCAUUCUUGUCUACAUUUGCGACGAAGGAUGAACAUACUGGAGAGAAUUCCCAUAGGAACUUGUCAAGAUCAAAUUCCAUCCCACUUUCUUCAUCAGCUUGUGAAGUUGAUGAGUUGAAUGUGGGGAUCUCCCGUUCCUUGAUUGGCAAACCCGUUCUUCAGAUGGAGGUUCCCAAGUCAAACAGCAGGAAGUCAUCUUUCAAGGAUAAGAUUUCUAGUUUUUUCUUCUCUAGAGGCAAAAAACCAAGUGAAGAAAAGCCCUCCAGAUUUCCCUUGGUAUGUGACGAUAGAGUACAAUCUGGCAGUUCUGGCAACAAUGGUACAAUUAGUUAUGAUUUAUCACAAUCCAUUAAUAAUACUCUCACGGCACAGACCUCUCUAUUUAGUCUUGAUAAAAUUUGUGAUGGAGCAACUGAGAAGACAUGGCCUACUGAGGGUGCCCUUAGCCUCGAGAAACCUGGGAUAUCAGGGAACAUCAUGCAGAACCAGGAUCGGUCCUGCCCAAUUUCAGUUUCAGAAGCAAAAUCAGUGGAUGAUGUCGAUUAUGGUUUGUCUCUGUCAUCUAGAAGUAUCAUUGCAGGACGUCCACAAGCACUAUUUAGAUCUCCACCGAUCGAAUCAGUUGCUCGUUCCCUGUCAAGGGGUGACUCCUAUUUGGACAUAAGAUCAACAAAACCCUUAAGGUCUUCUAUGAUCAUCUCCAAGGUGGACGAAGAACAUGAGCAGUUCGUCUUUGUCCACAAGCUGAUAUCAUCUGCUCAAAUGAAGAAAAAUAAGAGCAUGAAGUUCAGUGGAUGGCAUUCGCUCGAUAGUCCUUUAAACCCUUCAUUGCUUUAUGAUUCUUGGCACACGGAUGACGAGGAAGGGAAGCACGGGAAGAGGCAAACAAGCCGCAGGCUCCUAUUCGACGCUGUGAAUGCAGCACUCUUAGACAUUAGUCAGUCUGCAUUAUUUGCUGCGUAUCCAUGGACCAAACCGUGCUGUGGGCCACCAAAGGAUGAUACGGUGGGCACUUCAGCGGCCGAUGAAGUAUGGGCAAUCAUAAGAAACUGGUUGUCGGGCGAGAAAUGUGUACCGAAUGAAUCCACCAGCAGCAGCAGCAGCAGUAGGAUGGUAGAUGGGUUGGUGAUGAAAGAGGUGGGGGGAAGGCAAUGGACUGAAUCUAGGUGGUCGGAGCUGUGUGAAUUCAGCAAGGAGAUGGGUGGGAAGGUGUUAGAUGAAUUGAUUGAAGAAGCAUUGGCAGUAUUAUUUGAUCAGUGAUGGAGCUAAAGGUUCUUUCUCUUGUCGAUUUUAUUCCUUUUAGUGACACAUGAUGUUCAGGGUUGUCAUUAUUGGCACUGCGACGCCUCUGGUGGUGGGUAUCGCAGCCCUGACAAAUACUAAAUUACCCCCCCAAGUUGUGGUUUGGUGGUUGAUGUUUAUUCGUUGAUGAAGAUGUAUAUGUUUCUUGUGCCAUCAUGAUGAAUUCAUCAGAAUCUUGACCCAUCUUCUUUC